AACAUGCUGCGGAUGUCCUCGUUGCUCUUCGUAGUUUCACUAAAAGCUUCCCAGCCUUCAUGUAAGCUGUUAACGAAGGGUUUAUGCUUAUUAAGAAACAGAAGAGUCAGCAUCAGAUGCCUUCAAGGACCUGUUGUAGCUCGACAGUUCAGCUCUGAGUCACAUAAUUCGAAGGUGCCUAGUGUUCCCACAUGGAAACCAGUACCAGAAGAGCAGCUUCCCCCGCCUGCCGUAGUUCCUGCUGAUCUGGUGGACAAGCUGGAGCGACUGGCUUUGGUUGAUUUCCGCACCAAACAAGGCCUGGCCUGUUUGGAAAAGGCCAUCCGGUUUGCAGAUCAGCUUCUCGUGGUCGACACAUCAGGAGUUGAACCGAUGGAUUCAGUUCUGGAGGACAGAGUUUUAUAUCUGAGGGACGACGCAGCGAUGGAAGGCGACUGUGCUCAGGAGCUGCUUAAACUCGCCAAACACACAGUUGAAGAAUAUUUUGUUGCACCACCAGGAAAUAUUCCUCUACCCAAGAGGGAGGAGAGGACUGCCAUGCUGAAACACUCCGAGUUCUGGUGGAAGUCUGACUUCUGA